AUGGAUGAUUUUGAUAUUGAAUGGAACAGUCCUUUUUGCCAAAUUUGUUUUUUAAAUAGAUGUGAUGUUAUCGAAUAUUCCAAAUAUGAAAAAUAUUGUAAAAAAUGCAUACAUGUAGAAUUCAUCGUUGGAACUGAACAAAAAAAAAUAUCAACAACUACCGAUAUUUUAUUAGAAAAAUUUCCAAAUUCUUUCUUUUCUCAUAUAAUCGAAGAUAUAUUCAUCAGCGGCAAUAAACAUAUUUUUGAAAUACCAACAAAUUUUAUCCAUAUUGACGAAAUCGAACGUGUACUUCAAGGUCAAGAAUUACCAGAAAAUAUCAACAUGACUCUUAACAACGAAUUGUGGUAUUUCACAGAAGAAGAACACAUCACUCCCUUUGAAUCUGAAGAUUUUUGCAAUUGUGGAAAUCUUAAACAAAAAAAAUAUCAUAAUUGCAAAACAUGCCAAGAAAAUUUAGUAAAAGAACGGGCACCUUGGUGUUUUGAAUGUAAUAAAAAUAAAGUCAGUUGGAAUUGGAAGACAAAGAAAUAUUUUAAUAAUUGUCAGACUUGUGGGAAUAGAAAAUUAUAUAGUUUGAAAAUAGAAGAUUUUGAUAAAAAACAAGAAGAUAAAAUUAGAAAACUUCAAACUAAUAUAAAACGAAAAAAAACUAGAUUAAUGAAUGAUUAUAAAAAAAAUUUAGCAAAAUUGAAUAAUGAUGAAAAAAAACAAACUGAAAUAAUAAAUAAAAAAUAUAUUCAAGAAAAAGCGAAUAUAAAUGAAAAAAUCAAGAAAAGAGAACACGAAUUAAAAUCAGAAGAUAAUUUUAAAGAUGUGAUCGAAGAAGUAAUUACUGCAAACAAAAGACAAAGAAGAAAUACUGAAAAUAUUGUAAUACUCGAUGAAGAAAUUAGAAAUAAUGUGAAUACUUUUUUAAUGAUAUCUCAAGAAAGAUUUGAACAAAUAGAUAGAAAUCGAAAUUAA